UGAGCGUCAUCAUUUGCGAGCCGUCUCGUUAUCACUAGGACGGUGAACGCGCCUUUACCCCCGAAAGGACAUCGGCCCUGGACGGGAACGUCUCCCCUGUGCUCCCCGACUACGGUCUGGGAGCCAAAGAGCAGAAAAGAUGCGGAGUCCCCAGUAUAUGGAUAUACAGAUCAACCUCCUCAAACUUGCUUCGUACUAAAUCCAAAGAGCAGGAUGAGUUCUUAAAUAAAGUGUCGUGCUCUAGGCCUGAACAAUCCAAAAGAAUAGGCUACGUGAAAUGGUCAAAUGAGGCGUUUUGCUACCAUUUCGCCCACAGCUGUUAAACAUUAAAUACCCAGAACAUAUCUGAAUAAUGCGAUGCGUCGUUGUGAUCCUGACCUGCGUCUUCCUGGCCCUCAGCCCUCCAGGAGAAGGCUGUCGUUCUGGGGAGUAUGAGCCCGCUCCUGGGAUGUGCUGCCCACUGUGCGAUAAAGGGAGUGUUGUGCUGCGAGACUGCACCGACGAGUCGAGUACCAACUGCAGGCCGUGUGAGAGUGGCACCUACAUGGACGCAGACAACGGACGCAGCCAGUGUAUGAGCUGUCGACCCUGUAUCGCAGAACAAGGUCUGGGAACACAACGGGAGUGCUCCAGAGUGCGGGACUCAGCCUGCAGCGUAUUGGAUGGCUUCUACUGCCAAGCGUCCAAUCAGGAGUCAGGCUGCUCCCUGGCUGAGAUGCACACUCGGUGCGCAGCUGGCCAGACGGCGGCGGAGCCUGGAACCAGGACCACGGACACGGUCUGCGAGGACUGCGCGACCGGGUUUUACUCUCCAGAAGGAGCUAACUGUACAGCAUGGAACAUCUGCGUAGAUGGAGAGGUUGAGCUGCACGAAGGCAGCCGAACCAAGGACGUGCUUUGUGCUAAAGCCCCAGGCAGACAUCACUAUGUCAUAAUAAUACCAGUACUGGUCGCCACCGGAGCUGUGGUAUGGAUGCUAGUCUAUGAGACCCCGUCAUCCCGUCACCGCUCACAGAUGGAGGACUACCACAAACCUGACCAGCAGACGGUGCAGGCGCUCGCCAACAUCGCCACCCGGCUGCGGAUCAACUCCAUCAAGGCGACCACCGCGGCGGGAAGCGGUCACCCAACGUCAUGCAGCAGCGUGGCGGAGAUCAUGUCGGUGCUGUUCUUCAACACCAUGAAGUACCGCCCUGAAGACCCCAAGAACAUCCACAACGACCGCUUCGUGCUGUCCAAGGGUCACGCCGCCCCCAUCCUGUACGCGGUGUGGGCGGAGGCGGGGUACCUGAAGGAGAGCGAGCUCCUGAACCUGAGGAAGGUGGACUCCAUCCUGGAGGGACACCCCGUGCCGGUGAGAACAGGAAAUGACAUCACACAUGGACAGGAAGUGCCUUCGCGGCCUCCGGAUGUUUGCUGCGUUGUUGCGUGCGCUGAUGUUCUGCUGUCUCCUGCGUUCUUCAGUGUUGUGUACACUUGUGGCGACGGCCAUUCUCCCUGGAGGACAAUAAUGUCGACUCUAAAUCAUGCCGCUGCAGAGAAAGGCAGAUUACACUCAGAUUACACUCAUUUUACACACAGAUUACACCACGUUAGAUCGAGACGGUGGAUGCACGGGUCCCUGUGUGUUGGAGUCCGCCGGCCCCAUGUCCUCUCCUGUGGGGGUCCGCGUUGGCUGAGGACCCCCCUCAGCUUCGUGGAGGGUGCGGGGUUCCGCUCCUUCAUGGCCACCGUCGCCCCCCCACUACCUCGUCUGUCUCAGCGCGCCGUGGGCCUGCAGCUCUACGAGGACGUCGAGCGCAAGAUCAAGCCCCAGCUCAUCCGCGACCUCCAGGCCCGGCUCGCCGGCGGCGAGGGAGCGGACCGCAGGGGCGCCAUCCACGUGACCUUCGACCUCUGGGCGGGGGAGAUCGCCCUCGCCCUCGCGCGCCUCCUCCUCGCCGCCCUCGCCCCCCUCGCCCCCCUCCUCCUCCUCCUCCACCCCCCCCGCCGGGGAGGAGCACCGUGGUGGUGGUGGCGGUCUUGCAGCUGCACUUCGUGGACAGGCGGCUGGCGGCUGCGGCGUUCCACCGUGGCGUUCCGCCAGCUGGCCGGAGGCGGGCGCCCUGGCGGCCGCGCUGGGCCGGGAGCUGGGAGGAGGUGCUGCUGGGGUACGGCCUCUUCCCGCACGCCGUGGGCUACGUGGUGGCCAGCCGCGCCAAGGAGGCGCUUGGAGGCCAACGCCGUGUUCGGGGACUACAAGGUCUGUCAUGUGCUCGUCGCCGCGCGGUUGACCCCGACGCCGACGACCUGGCGGCGUUCCUGGGGGACCCGGCCGGGCCCCCCCGAGGGGGGGGGGGGGACCCCUCCCCGUUCGCGGAGCUCCAGACGGGGGACGGCGGCGGCCUGCGUGGCGUCCACGCUCCAGCUGGUGAUCCGGGAGGCGCUCAAGAACUCCCGCGUGGUGGAGAACGUGCUGACCCAGCUGCGCUGCGUGGUGGCCUUCUUCAGGACCAGCGGCUACUGGAACGAGCCACGCCUUCCAGAGGGUAUCCCCGCUGCAGGGGAGGUGCACGGUCCCAGCCGGGGGCUCACUGGGCGGCCACACUCAGUCAUACCAAGCCAGCUCGUGAGUGCUUCUUCUCCCUGUCGCCCCCCCGGCCACAUGGGCCGCUGGAACUCCCUGAUGGCGUCCAUGCGGCGCCUGGUGGACCCCGCCUCCUGGAGCUCCAUCAUGACCCUGCUGGCCCAGGCCCGCAUUGAGGCGCAGGACUCCACCAGCGCCCCGCCCCUGGUCCGCGCCCGGCGGGAGCAGCUGGUGGACAUCCUGGGCCUGCUGCAGCCCUUCGAGGACGCCAUCCAGGUCCUCCAGAAGCCGGGGGUCACCCUCUCCUUCGUCAUCCCCUCGCUGAUGGGCCUGGACACGGUGCUGGCGGGCCGGCCCACCGGCUACACCCACUUCUCCAAGGCGCUGCGGGCCGGCCUCCAGAGCCACCUGCAGCCGCUCAUCCUCCAGAGAGACCUCAUCCUGGCCACUGUGCUCGACCCCCGCAUCAAGCUGCAGCCGUUCCCCGACGCCAAGCAGGAGAGCGAGGAGUCGUUCCUCACCGUCCCGUCCAAAUCCCGGAUCCAGUCCAUGCUGGAGACGUUGCUGGAGGACACGGAGGCCUCGGCCUCUCCCGCGGCUCCGCGCCCGGCCCCCCCCGGGGCGCCGACGCUCUCGGAGCUGGAGGGCUACCUGUCGGAGCCGCUGCUGGAGGGCGACGCCCCCUUGCUGUUCUGGAAGGCGGCCCGCCGCUUCCCCAAGCUCCAGAGCAUGGCCCGCCGGCUGCUGGCCAUCCCGGCCACGUCGGGGGGCUUCCCGCGCCUCUACCCCAUGGCGGCCAGCAUCGUGAAGGCCAAGCGGAGCCGCCUGCCGCCCCACACCACGGAGAGGCUCCUCCUCUUCAGGGAGUCCGUCCGGUGGAAGCAGGGGCCGCCGACGGGCCGGAAGGUACCGGCGGUGGUGGCGGCGGCGGCGGUGGCGGCGCCGAGGCGAGACUCCGGUUCCUAUUAUUGUAAAGUGCAAAGACGCAUGGUAAGGAAGACCUCCGAGUGACCACGGCCGCGCCGGGGGGGGGGGGGCUUCGCCCGGAGCUAGCACUGCGUCGGUGGACACAACGGGACCCGGACGUCCGGUUGGGCGGGGCAGAGGAAUGAACGGUGGUACUUUUUUAGCUGCAUACACAUUAGAGACGUUUACCUUCUGGGUACCGCUUGUGUUGCUCGAUUUUUCCCCUCUUUUGCAUUUUUUUUAUUUUAUUCACAACCAAUCAAAAGCCUCUAUGAUGUUGAUUAUGGAUGUGAGGAACCGACCCAGGAACCGUGACACAGAAAAGGGGUCCAGGCCCCCCUUCCUCUCCUUAAGUAGAUCCUCCGCGAAUCGCGGCCAUCUUCUCCAACCGGACCUCAUUGAACUGCUCGGGCUUAGUCUGUCUUCGGAGCUGUGUCGUACUACAGGUGGCUGUCCCGGUCAGCUCAACCAAUUUGUUUUUUGUUUGUUGAUACAGUUGCUACAUGCUAGUAGGAGGAGGGGCCAGUGGUGGCCUGUCGCUGUGUGUUGAACCACACUCGACAGGCGUCAUAAUCAUGAGGGAAAGGAUCCUGUGCUACUGAAGUAAAAUGAUGGUUUCUCUGUUUUCUUCCUUUUUACGUCAAAUGUAUAGUCGUUCCAUUCGAGGGCGAUGUGGUGGAUAAUUAAUUAAUUCUGAAAUACACAAUACCUCCAAUGGUGUCUGAAGGCCCCUUAGAUGGAUGGCCAAAUAAUUGGUUCCCAGCCUUCUUGUGUACGAGUGGUGAAAGGUCCUGGUGUAAUCUGUGGAUCAGAAGGUCCCUGUAUAAAGUGGUUUCAUAAGUAGAGUAUGAGGUAGUUCAAACAAUGGCCCUUCCUGAAAGAUUAUUUAAUUGAGCAGCAGUUGACUCAAUUUUGUUUUCUUUUUCGUUUGUACAUUAUAUAAAUCCACCAAAAUGGAUGUUCAUUUUAUACAAAUCCAACUCCAGCUAAUAUGCAGAUUUUCUCUGAGUUACAUUUCUAAAAUAAUUUGAUUACAAUUGGCAAAACUAUUUUUGUUGAGUGUGUUUUGUGAUAAGAAAGCAAGCGUUGUUGCUGAAUGUAUAGAUGACAAAUAAAAUAUUUUAAAAUUCA